UGUGACGACGACAACAACGACGACGACGACGACGACGACGACGACGACGUCAUCCGCGGGUAACGGGCGACUCGCCAACGAGAUCCCGGAUCGGGACGCCGCAGACGUCAUACGCCAAUCUGACAUCGACGAGCGAUCUCGAAGCCGAACGUCAUUCUUGACAGCUCGCAGCGUCAACUCGAUUGCUCUUGUCAAAUAUCUUCUUACUUUGCGCUCAACGUCGUAAUCGUGUCGGUCUAGAUCGCGACUUUCAGACGUCUUCGGAAUUCUUCGGCGAGGUGAUUUUCGUGAAUUUUCUUAACGUCGGUUGAUGAUCGCUGAAUUGGAGAACUAAAUGAUCGUGGAUUGAAGAGGGUGGAGAAAUCAGUGAUCGCGCGCAGGAAGUGACUUACGUGCCACAGUGCGGCUACGCUAAAUCCUGGAGUUACCCUAGCGCGUUUGACAUCGGCCUGAUAACGAAUGAUCGAGGAGGCACGAUGAACGGGGCAGCAACGGUCACGGCCUCUGAAGAUCAUCAGCAUCAGCAUCAACAAGCGCAGAAUGAAACGACGUCGGAGCAUCCACGAAGUCCUGCCAGUCCGCUGAGCGUCAGACACGAUUCCGGCGAGAGCAGCGUCAUUUCGCCAGGGCUGCCGGAACGUUACAGUCCUCUGGGAGCGACGGGAUCCACAUCCAGCCACGAUCCUUACGCCUCCCGAUCGGUCCAGGAAUGCCCGGUGCCUCUCUGCAGAGGAAUGCCGACGGACUUUCCUCUGGCCAGAUCUCCGUAUCUGACCGCACUCGGGAACGGCCACCCGCACUUACUCGGUCAGGUGCAGCACCAGCAACAGCAGCAGCAGCAACAGCAAUCGCAGCAGCCGCAACACGGCAGCAAACCGCCGCGAAGCCUCGGACUGAUAUGCGUGGUCUGCGGGGACACCAGCUCCGGCAAACAUUACGGAAUACUCGCCUGCAACGGUUGCAGCGGCUUCUUCAAGAGGAGCGUCAGACGGAAGCUGAUUUACAGAUGUCAAGCUGGUACCGGAAGAUGCGUCGUGGACAAGGCGCAUCGAAAUCAAUGUCAAGCUUGCCGUUUGAAGAAAUGUAUGCAAAUGGGAAUGAAUAAAGAUGAUUGCAAUAUUGCAGCUGUUCAAAAUGAACGUCAACCGAGGAAUACUGCCACCAUUAGACCGGAAGCGCUCGUCGAGAUGGACCAAGAGCGGGCGCUGCGCGAAGCCGCCGUCGCCGUGGGCGUCUUCGGACCGCCAGUCUCCCUAGCUAUGGCGAGAUACACUACGCCACUACCUCUGCCCACAGUCGCACCGACGACAAACUCUACAAAUAAUGUAGCGACACCACCUCGACAAGACAACGAGGACGGAAAUGCAUCCGAGGAUAGUAUAGAUGUAACGAACGAGGAGCCAUUGACACCUCAACGAAGUGGAUGCGCGCAGCUUCCACCAAUACUCCCGUCAUUAUAUUCACCUGCGAGUGCCGAAACGGUCUACGAGACCAGCGCGAGGCUGCUCUUCAUGGCCGUCAAAUGGGCGAAGAAUCUUCCCUCUUUCGCUGGUCUGCCAUUCAGAGACCAGGUAAUAUUGCUGGAAGAGGUCUGGUCGGAACUGUUUCUCCUAAAUGCGGUUCAAUGGUGUCUGCCACUCGAGUCAUCGCCUCUCUUCAGCGCUGCCGAAUUGACGGCUCUGACUCUCUCGCCACAUCAGCAUCCGCACUCGGGAUUGCAUCUGCAAACCACCACGGGAAAACCUAGUCAAGUAGCGGCGGAUGUCAGACAUUUGCACGAUACCCUGCAGAGAUACAAGGCAGUCAUGGUCGAUCCCGCGGAAUUCGCCUGCAUGAAAGCCAUCGUUCUCUUCCGCCCAGAAACCCGCGGCUUAAAGGACUCCAGUCAGAUUGAGAAUCUGCAGGAUCAGGCACAGCUGAUGCUGGGACAUCACGCGCGCGCUCAACAGCCGAAUAGCCCGGCCCGAUUUGGCAGGUUGCUGUUGCUGCUCCCGUUGCUGCGAACGGUUCCGGCUGCCAGAGUGGAACUGAUUUAUUUCCAUAGAACUAUCGGCAAUACACCGAUGGAAAAAGUCCUCUGUGACAUGUACAAAAAUUAAAAAUCAUCUCGGACAUCAGAGAACUUUUCCCGAGAAUUACUGCUUCAAUUAAAUUGAUAACGCAAAUUACGCAAGGAUCGCCAAAAGCUUUGGCGCUAAAGCAAGGAUUUACGGAAGGCGGAAUUAAUCACCGAAAAUGGACAGCAAAGACUGGCUAACGAGACUUUCCUAAAAAUAAAAAAAAAUGGAAGAAUCAAGAAGCAAAGCGCAGCUUUGUUCCGAUCAUGAUCAGGCCUAAGGACAAAGUUCUAAGUCCCUUCGAGAUGAUCAUAAGAUAAUAAAUUCGAUUGGCGAGUAUAUUCCUACAAACGCGGAGCACAGGAAGAAUGACGUCACUAACGAAUAAAACGGCAACUAAAAUCGACCGAGGGGCACUCAAUCGCGGCGUAAAUAUACACAUAGACACAUACAUAAUAUAUGUAUUUAUUUAUUAUAGACAUAUAUAUCGGGCGUUAGGCCCAACACGUUGAUAGAGUGUUUUUUUUCGUUUCUCUUGUAGAAGAUUAACGGAUUAAUCCAAAAAAAAACGGAGGUAUUUCGUUUUUUACAUUUUUCCUUCUCUUUUUUUAUACCUUGACUUACGUUCGUCGUGAAAUUACCGAAUUAGAGAGGAAAGUGACGGGAGCGAUGAACAGAUUCUGUAACUUUAUGAAAAAUAUGUGAUUCAGGACUCAAUUAUGGAAUAUAAAUGUUCGUAAAAUUGCAGUGAAAUUAUUUGAAAAAUUAACGCAAUUAAAAUAUUCUUUUGUCUUUUUACACGUGAACAAAUUUAUGCAUCAGAGAUAUGAUUAAUAAACCGUGGCAAUAUAGCUAUACAUAUACAUUACAAAAUCAGAAUUAAAUUGCAUUUGAAAAUUACUCAGGCAGUAAUAUAAAUUCAUAAAAUUUAAUGUUGCAUAAUAUAAUUAAUGAAAGUAAUUUGAUCCACGAAGGUGUGUGAGGAGUUAAUUUUUUUCGGCGCUGUAAAUGAAUGCUCGUCCGCACUUUCUCUGUAUAUUUCGUGUUGUGAUACUAUUCGCUGUAAAAGUCUACGUAUUCUCAAUCGGUGAUAUGUAUUGUAACGAUUACUUGUAAUAAAAGUAAAUCUGAUUAA